AUGAACGGGUAUGUUGUUAAUGUGACAAGUGAGGCCUUGAACAGUCAAUCAAUACUCAUCCAGUUCCUAAUGGAAGUGGACAUUUCCUGCCCUAUCGACACGUUUCACUUGGACAACUGUGCCUACCCUUCAGGAGAUACCAGCAUCAAUCAUCUCCCGGCCUGUAGUAGUUGUGACAUGUACCGGUUUCUGAUAGCUCAGGGCCUCUCUGAGCUUUCAGCCUCUACGACCUCUUGGGUUAUUUGUGUGCUGUUGGUGUUGAUGACACUGAACAUGGUUCUUGGAGACUUGGAGACUGCAGAAAUUGCUGCGGGUGGUGGUGGAGGGGGCAAGGGAGGGGGUGGAGGUGGUCAUGGAGGAGGUGGUGGCAAGGGAGGCGGUGGAGGUGGAAAAGGAUCCAAGGGAUAA